CACUUCCGGUUUAUUUAUUCUCACCAUGCUUCCCUGUUGAUACUUAUUUUCCAUACCAUCAUGGUUGAUGCUUUGUUGAGUGAUGCUGAAAAAGUGUUUAUCAUACAUGGCAUUCAGGAUAACUGUAGGGAGGAUGGACGUGGAUAUGAGGAUUAUAGACACAUGACACUGGAAACUGGCGUUGUAUCAAACACAAGUGGAUCCUCAAGAGUUAGACUGGCUAAUACAGAUAUAUUGGUUGGUAUAAAGGCAGAGUUAGGUACACCUGCACCAGAUAAAGAUGACAAGGGAAGACUGGAGUUUUUUGUUGAUUGCUCAGCAAAUGCCACACCAGAAUUUGAGGGUCGCGGAGGAGAAGAACUUGCAUCAGAGAUCAGUAAUAUGUUAAUUAGAGUAUAUGACUGUCCUGGGUGUGUAGAUCUACAGAAGUUAUGUAUUAUACCCAAACAGCAGUGCUGGAUAUUGUAUAUUGAUAUACUGUUGUUAGAGUGUGGAGGUAAUCUGUUUGAUGCAGCAUCAGUUGCAGUUAAGGCAGCAAUGUUUGAUUUAAAAAUUCCUAGAGUAACUGUAACACAAGAUGAAGGCCACGUAGAAUUAGAGAUUUCAGAUGAUCCAUAUGAUGUACAGACAGUUGAUGUUAAAUCAUCUCCAUGUAUUGUAACACUCAGUAAGAUUGGCCAUUGCCAUGUUGUGGAUGCAAGUCAGAAAGAAGAGGCAUGUUGUCUAGCAAGAUUAAUGCUGGGGGUAUCAGAACAUGGUACAAUCACUGGUAUGAAAAAGGAAGGAUCUGGAAGUCUGGACCCUUCUAGUAUUGAUGAUAUGUUAGAUACUGGUAAAAGAGUAGGAAUAUCUUUAAACAAGUCUUUACUGGAGGCAUUGGAGGAAGAACAGAGACAGGGAAAAAAGAAAGGUCGUACUGGUUUCCUUCGGUAACAGAAAGUUUAAAAUUAUAUGCCUUCAUAUUUGAAUUGAAAAGCAGAAGGAAUUGGAGCCACAAUGAAAACAAUACAAUGCAGUGUCUAAUAAUGGAAAUAAUUAUUGUUAGAUCAGAACUAUUAAAUAUUAACGUAUUGUUAUCUGGUAACAUUUAUGAGUGAUAUGAUAUUUCGCACAAUGUUAGUAGAAGUGUUAAGUCAUGAACCAUGUCUCAUGAUGCCUAGAGCUUUGUAUUAUUGUCAAUAAAUUUUAAACUUCAGGAGGAAACAAAAUCUAACAAAUGGUCAAUAGAUUGUUUCAGGGCUAUUCCAUUAAAAAGGAGGUACUAGGGUCGGAAGGCAAUUUUUAAGUACCCCCAUGACCAAGAGGAAUGUACCAUGUAUCUUAACACCAACCAACAGGAAGUCGUUUCAUGAUAAUACAAGAACCAACUGGAAUAUAUCUAGCUUAAUUUUUACUGGCCCUUCAAAAUUGAGAAGAAAUUACCUCUUGGAAUUGUAGAUAUAUGUAUACUCUAUAAAAACAUCUACAUGAAAUAUCAACAUUUAUUAAUGAUAAAGAAAAUUACUGUCACAUUUCAUUAGAUUUUGACAUGAAAAUUUGUGAACUAAAAGUUAUUUUGAGUUUCUGUAAAAAAUAUUUCAUGCUUUUUCUUUCAUUUCCAUAUAUCUUUUGGUUUUCAAUUCUAGUGUUUAUAUUUCAUCAUCAUAGAUGUAUUUUGUCACCUGCCUGGAAUUAUUUUUUUUAUUGUACUUGAUCGGCAAACCCGGAAUUACCCUUAUCCGACCCCGGAAUCUGAUCCGGUAUUGUAAUCUUCUUCAUUUCCGGUUUAUGGCAUCCAUUGUUUUUCAAUGUUGUUUUUGUCAGUCAGAUACGAUUUUACUAGUAUUUACACAUUACUUGUUGGCGAUUUUCAGUAUAAAGCUAGCGGUUGAACAAAAUUAGCAUCGCUGUCAUUAAUAAUAAAGAUAAAAAUAAAUAUAUAAAUUUUGAGAUCGUUUGGAAGUUUUGGUCCCAAAUUGAAAAUUGGGAAAAACGUAGGGUAUUUGCCAUUGCCAAUAGGAAUGGGUCUGGUAUUUGGACCCUGUGGAAUACUAGAAAAAUCCCUGGAGGGGCAUACGAUCUCAAUAGUAAUAUGGCUUUAAAAUGACCAUACUGAUGGUUAAAAAGGUGGGCAAAGUUAAUUUUUAUUUUCUUUCAAAUCGAAGGUCCUUCUGGCCUAGCUAGUAAUCAAAACGAAAGUCCGAUUGCAAUAGUGGAAGGUCGUGGACCUCGGAUAAUUUGAACCUCUGAAUAUUAUUUUCAUUAGAAUUUGACAUUGUUCGUCAUGUGCUUGUCAUUAAAGGGAAGUAACUCUUGCACUUCCGGAACUGGUACCAUAGGUAGAAUACAACGUUGCGCUUGCCGCUGCGUAAGUCGCGGGAACAGUUAUGUUUUCUAAAAUAUCACGAUAUGAGCAGGAGACAAAAACAAUCGGUUAUUUAAUUCCUUGUAAAAACAAAAAAUAAUAAAUAACGAAAAAUAACACAAUGAAACCGACAUUCACGAAAACUGACUGUCAAAGAAGACCAACAACCAACAAUACUUAGUUUCUCUAAACACCAAGGGCCACUGGCCAUAAACGCUUCAACACAUCAACAACCAACGGGAUUUUUUAUAAUUGCCGUCCGACCCUGGUACAUUCUUUUUAAGGGAAUAGCCCUCAACUAUAAAUGUACAUGAUUUGAUUUUGUAUAAAAAUGACAGUUAGAACAGUA